UGAAGUUUGACAUUAAAUAAGAAACACUAUAAAUUUCAUAAGUAUUUCAAAUUCUUAGAAACACUAUAAAUUUCACAAGUACAAAAAUUAUUAUGGCAGAUUUAAAAAAACCACAAUUAAUUACUGCCAAAACAGCAUUUUUAGCAACUGCAGGCGUCGGUUUGUUGUGCAUUGUUAUGCGGCAGCGCGCUCGUAUUCUAGCUCGGCUGAGGAACUACAGAAACCCAUUGGGCGAGAAGCAAAUACGCGUCAUUGAAACACCUGAUGAAUGUCAACGGGUAUUAGAUACAUUAAAGCGCCAUUGCCACGAAUACAAAGUACUUGGCUUUGAUUGCGAGUGGGUGACUGUGGGGGGUAAACGGCGUCCAGUAGCGUUGCUGCAGUUAUCCUCGCAGAAGGGGCUUUGCGCGCUGUUCCGUCUAUGUACUUUGCAACAAAUACCAAAGGGCCUUCGAGAUCUGCUCGAGGACGAUAAUGUGAUAAAAGUAGGUGUUGGCCCACAGGACGAUGCACACAAAUUGGCAUUCGAUUAUGGCGUAGGUGUGGCAAGUACACUAGACCUACGAUAUCUGGCUGCGUUGGUUAAUCAAAAACCAGGGGGCUUAGCUAAAAUGGCAAAAUCCUUGUUAGAUGUGCAUUUGGAUAAAAACUGGCGACUCUCCUGCUCUGAUUGGGAGGCUAAAGUGCUUAACGAAAAACAGUUGCAGUAUGCGGCCAACGAUGCAUUAGUUGCAGUGAAAAUAUUUGAAAAGCUGGCAAAGAAAUUGGAUGCAAAGCCAUUUUGGAAUCUCAGCAGCAUAAAUUUCACAAAAAUUCAGGAGCGAUUGCAACCUUUCUAUGACAUUCGUUUCAAGGAAGGCUCUCUAAAUAAUAUAAUGGCUACGGAACGGAGAAAAUCGAUAACGACCACUGGUCGGAAAGCUAAACAAAAACAGAUGCAAACUCGUAGCAUUAGCACACGUUCCAGAGCCUUAUACGACAAUUGCAAUUUACAAGCGCCUGACGGAGAAUUGCUCUGUACUAUAGACGCGAAAAAAGCACAAUGGUAUGUGGAUCAGGGCUUGGGCGUAGUGGUAGCGAAAACUCCAUUAACUGUGCGCUUAAAUUUCGAGCCCUCGGGACGUGCUGUCGGCGAUGUGGGACGUUACUAUCAGACUCCCAAGGAAAACCGAUGCGUGGUGUGUGGUCGACUCGAUCCGUUGUCACGCAAAAACGUAGUGCCACGCGAAUACAGAAAACAUUUCCCAGUGGUCAUGAAGUCACAUACUUCACACGAUGUGCUUCUGCUGUGCCCAGAUUGCCAUCAACUUAGUAAUAUUUAUGACUUAAGAAUGCGAAUGAAAUUAGCGGAGCAAUGUGAUGCGCCAUUUACGAAAGAAGAAUCGGCUGUGAAAUACUACGAGCUGCCCGAACUUAAAAAAGUUAAAUCAGCAUCGAGGGCGUUGCUGCAAAGUCAAAACGAAAUACCUGCCGAGCGCCGUAACAUUUUAAUCAAAAUUCUGCUGGAUCAUUACAAAAUGGAAGAGCUAACAGACGAAUUAAUUAAGGAAGCCGCUAAUAUUGAUACGACACGGAGUAACGAAAACUACUGCCAACACGGUGAGAAGGUCGUGAGUAUGUAUGAAACUGCAUUCGGUGGCCUCUGUGAACUGGAAAAGCAGUGGCGGCAACAUUUCCUAACCACUAUGAAACCGAAAUAUCUGCCAGAUCUAUGGAAUGUCAAUCAUAAUGCAAACAGAUUGGAAAUACGCGCGCAGGAGGGUCGCGUUGAAAAAGAAGAUUUGAUCGUUGCGGGUCUAAGCAUAGUUGCAGAUGUAGAAUCGGUAGCGAAGUGUUGAAAAAUCAACUGGAGCUUAAAAAUUUUUCGCAGAUUCGCCAACCAAUUCUUUUUGCACCAAAAACAAUUUUUUUUAAUUACCUUUUAAAGUACCUAAAAUUUAACUAAGGUGACUAAAGUGACUAAAGUUAUUGCAUAUUCCCCUUGUUUUUAUUUAACCAUUUCGAUAUUAUUUUGUAUGUAACUUAUCUUUUUUUUAAACGGUUUCUUUAAUAAAUGUCAAAUUCAAAAUUAAUUUUUCUAUA